AGAUAGACGAAUCGCUUAUAAAACCAUUCCCUGUCACUGUACCCCUUGAGACGCGCAACUGUCGCCAUUGCAGGUGUUUUCCUACGUUCAACCCGAGUUUCAUAAUCCGGCCUCUUCAAUUUUCUCCCUCUCUCUUCAUUCUCAUCUAAACACAAAUAUCAUGGGGCUACCAUGGGAGCGUAUCACAGCCACUGCUGCUAUAGGUACCUUAUCGCUCGCAUGGGCACAGAACAACUGGGUGAGACUUCAGCUCUUAGGACGCUUCACAGAGCUUUGGAUUGCGGGCCUUGCUAUCUGUGGCGUCUGGACAGUAUGGAUAUAUCCUUUAUUUGUGUCUCCCUUGAGACAUCUUCCUGGACCGUCCGGGAACCAUUGGUUCAUGGGUCAAGCGCAGAAAAUCAUGGCCGAACCAUCAGGUGUUCCAAUGCGAGAAUGGGCUUCUAAGAUUCCCAACGAUGGUCUACUCUGCUAUCGUGGGUUUUUCAAUCAAGAGAGAGUGAUGGUCUGCUCACCCAAAGCCUUGGCUGAGGUACUUAGUACCAACAGUUAUGCUUUCCCGAAACCCUCUCAUUUUCGAUGGUCCAUUGGUCGUAUUCUUGGAAUUGGCAUCUUACUUGCGGAGGGGGAGGAGCACAAGAUGCAGCGCCGCAGCUUGACACCUGCAUUCGCCUUUCGUCACAUCAAGAAUUUAUACCCAGUCUUCUGGAGUAAGGCCAGGGAAGUGACACGCACCAUGAUGGCAGAGUUCGGUGGGGAGGGAGAGGGAGAGGUCCAUGUCGAAAUAUCCAGUUGGGCAUCACGAGCCACACUCGAUAUUAUUGGUCUUGCUGGGAUGGGUCGGGACUUUGGCGCCAUUCAAGACCCUCAAAACACUCUCGCUCAGACAUACAAGCAGAUAUUCAAGCCUUCGCGCCAGGCUCAGGUGCUCGCUUUUAUUGGCAUGAUUAUUCCCAUGCAAUUCAUCACAAAGCUACCUUUCCGUCGAAACGAGGACAUUGCUAAGGCGGCCACCGAUAUCCGGGCGGUUUGUCGAGAUCUUAUCCGUGAGAAGAAGGCGAAAAUUGCCAAUAAGGAGCAAGCAGAUGUUGAUAUACUAUCGGUCGCUCUUGAGAGUGGUGGUUUCACUGACGAGAACCUGGUUGACCAACUCAUGACAUUCCUCGCUGCAGGGCAUGAGACAACAGCUUCGGCAAUGACCUGGGCAAUAUAUAUGCUCUCGAAACAUUCCAAUAUUCAGAGCAAGCUGCGGGAUGAAGUACGCGAAUAUCUUCCCUCUGCGGAUUCGGACGUUGAUAUCACAAGUCUUGACAUAGACCGCAUGCCAUACUUGAAUGCUGUGUGCAGCGAGGUUCUACGAUAUUAUGCCCCUGUCCCGUUGACAAUGCGCGAUGCCGCCUAUGAUACCACCAUUCUAGGCCACUCAAUACCCCGCGGCACACGUGUUGUCAUUGUACCGUGGGCUACUCAUUUUGAUACAGAGCUCUGGGGCCAGGAUGCGGGUCAAUUCAAGCCAGAGCGGUGGCUCCCAUCGGGUGGAGAGAGUGGUUCCGCUGACCGCAAAGCAGCGAGUGGUGGAGCGAGCAGCAACUACGCGUUCCUGACUUUCUUGCAUGGCCCACGGAGUUGCAUUGGAUCCAGUUUCGCAAGAGCAGAGUUCGCAUGUUUGCUAGCGGCAUGGAUUGGUCGCUUUGAGUUCACCCUUGCGAACCCUGAAGAGAUGGAUGAGAAGAAAGUGGAAAUUCGGGGCGGUAUAACGGCCCGGCCCGCGAAAGGAAUGCAUGUCAAGAUCAAAACAGUGAGCAGCUACUGAUGUGAUACGGGUCUAUUUGUUUGGCGAUUAUGGGUCAGAAAUUCGGUGUACAGUACAAAGCUUGAUUUAAAUUUACAUGAUAUUAUGUUACAUAGGCGAUAUUGCGUGAGAUGGU